GGGCGGGGCGGGCGCUGCUCCCGCCCCUCCCCAAGGUGUUGGCGGCGGCGGGGACGCGCUCGCUGCUCGUGCCCGCGCCGCCCCCCCGCCCGCGCUCCCCUCGGCUCUCCCCGGCUGCGGCUGCUCGGCCAUGGCGGAGCUGAGCGCGGAGCGGCUGCGGGCGCUGCCCGGCAGCUGGAGUUACGGGAUCAGCCAGGGCGGCCGCGUCUUCUUCAUCAACGAGGAGGCGAAGAGCACGACCUGGCUGCACCCGCUCACCGGCGAGGCCGUGAUCACCGGGCACCGCCGCAGCGCAGACUUACCCACAGGUUGGGAGGAAGCAUAUACUUUUGAAGGUGCAAGAUAUUAUGUAAAUCAUAAUGAACGAAAAGUAACCUGCAAACAUCCAGUGACAGGGCAGCCAUCACAGGACAACUGUAUUUUUGUUGUGAAUGAGCAGACUGCUGCAGCAAUGUCAUCUGAAGAAAAGAAGGAGCGACCAGUAAGCAUGAUAUGUGAAGCAACUAACUAUAAUCUGACAUCAGAUUAUGCUGCUCAUCCAAUGAGCCCUGUGGGCAGAACAUCACGAUCUUCAAAGAAGGUUCAUAAUUUUGGAAAGAGAUCGAACUCCAUAAAGAGAAAUCCUAAUGCACCAGUUGUCAGACGAGGCUGGCUCUACAAACAGGACAGCACUGGGAUGAAGCUGUGGAAGAAGCGCUGGUUUGUGCUCUCAGAUCUCUGUCUCUUCUAUUACAGAGAUGAGAAAGAAGAAGGAAUACUGGGGAGCAUACUUCUGCCUAGUUUUCAGAUAUCUGUGCUGACUGCUGAGGACCACAUUAACCGCAAAUAUGCCUUUAAGGCAGCUCAUCCAAACAUGAGGACCUAUUAUUUCUGCACAGAUACAGGGAAGGAAAUGGAGUUGUGGAUGAAAGCCAUGAUAGAUGCAGCACUUGUGCAAACAGAGCCUGUGAAAAGAAUGGAGAAGUUCACUGUUGAAAAUACAUCACCUCGAGAGGCAAAUAAUAUUUCAAACCACCGGGUGCUAAUUAAGCCAGAGGCACAAAAUCACCAGAAAAACAAAGAAGCGAACAAAAACGAGGAGAAGAAAGCUUUGGAAGCUGAAAAAUACGGAUUCCAGAAAAUCGGGCAAGAUAAACCAUUAACAAAAAUUAACAGCGUCAAGCUAAACCCUUUGGGCUCCGAGUACAGGACUUUGCCCAUCAGCACCGUUCCAGGGGGGCACUUGAGAGCUGUCCAUCUGAAUGGAUCUGAGAAUAAAUCGCUGGGAGUUGUGCUGGCGGAUGCUGGAGAUGGGGCCCAUCACAACGCGGUGCACAUGGAGUCCGAGCGGGUCAUGCAGAGAACCAAUUCCAUGCUGCAGCUGGAGCAGUGGAUUAAAAUACAGAGGGGGAAAGGACAGGAAGAGGAAACAAGGGGAGGCAUCAUCUCCUACCAGACGCUACCGAGGAACAUGCCGAGCCAUCGAGCUCAGGUGCUGCCCCGGUACCCAGAAGGGUACAGGACACUGCCCAGGAACAGCAAGACACGUCCAGAAAGCCUCUGCAGUGUGGCUCCCUCAGCCUACGACCGAGCCAUGGGGCCCGUGAGCGCCGAGGACAAGCGGCGCUCGAUGCGCGACGACACGAUGUGGCAGCUCUACGAGUGGCAGCAGCGCCAGUUCUACAACAAGCAGACCACUCUCACCAGGCACAGCACCCUGAGCAGCCCAAAAACCAUGAUCAAUAUCUCUGAUCAGACCAUGCACUCCAUUCCCACGUCCCCCUCGCACGGCUCCAUCGCCGGUUUCCAGGGAUACUCCCCGCAGCGGACGUACCGAUCGGAAGUGUCGUCGCCGGUGCAGAGGGGAGAUGUGACCAUCGAUCGCAGGCACAGGACACAUCACACAAAGCAUGUCUUUGUGCCUGAAAGAAGGUCGAUGCCAGCAGGUCUGAGUUUACAGCCUGUUACUCCUCAGAACCUCCAAGGCAAAACACCGGAGGAGCUGACGCUGCUGCUCAUAAAGCUGAGACGGCAGCAGGCGGAGCUGAGUAGUAUCCGGGAGCACACACUAGCACAGCUCAUGCAGCUAAAGCUUGAGGCCAGCAGCCCAAAGAAUGAGAUUCUUUCACAUCACCUUCAAAGGAAUGCCAUAUAUUUGGAUCACCAGAUGAAAGAGAAUGAACCUUUAAUCACCAUGGUUCACACUAUGAUUGAGAACUCGGCGCUAAGACCGCAACUGUACCAUCAAUUAACACAAGAAGAAUGUAGGGGUACACUAUACAGAUAUAGAGCUGAAGAGCUGGACAUUGAUGCUAAGCUUAGCCGUUUAUGUGAACAGGAUAAAGUUGUGCAAGCACUGGAGGAGAAGCUUCAACAGCUACACAAGGAGAAAUACACGCUUGAGCAAGCUUUGCUAUCAGCAAGUCAGGAGAUAGAAAUGAAUGCAGAUAACCCAGCAGCCAUACAAAAUGUAGUGUUACAGAGAGAUGACUUGCAGAACGGACUGCUCAGCACUUGUCGGGAAGUAUCCCGAGCCACUGCAGAACUGGAAAGAGCUUGGAGAGAAUAUGAUAAAUUGGAGUAUGAUGUAACUGUAACAAGGAACCAUAUGCAAGAGCAGCUCGAUCGGCUUGGAGAAAUUCAGACUGAAUCAGCAGGGAUACAGCGUGCUCAGAUUCAGAAGGAGCUGUGGAGAAUUCAGGAUGUCAUGGAGGGUUUACUUAAACAUAAACAGCAAAGAAGCUCUUCUGAGGCAGGCAUCAUGGUAUCAAGGACAUUUUCUUCUAUUAAAUAUAAAAAUGAGGGUCCUGAUUAUAGGCUUUAUAAGAGCGAACCCGAGUUAACUACAGUAGCAGAAGUGGAUGAGUCAAAUGGUGAAGAGAAAACAGAACCAAUUUCAGAAUCAGAAUCUUCUGCUAAAGGCUCACAUUUCCCUGUGGGAGUUGUACCACCCAGAACCAAAUCCCCAACGCCAGAGUCCUCAACAAUAGCAUCCUACGUCACCUUGAGGAAGAAUAAGAAGAUAGAUCUAAGAACGGAAAGACCAAGGAGUGCAGUGGAGCAGCUGUGCCUUGCAGAAGGCUCCCGGCCUCGAAUGACUGUGGAGGAGCAGAUGGAAAGAAUAAAGAGACACCAACAAGCUUGUCUGAGGGAGAAGAGGAAAGGACUCAAUAUUAUUGGUGUUUCAGACCAGUCUCCUUCCCAGAACUUGUCCUAUGUCAGGGAUAAUCCAUUCAAAUUGGCACAGAAUCGGAAAAAGGACGAUACAGUAUUGGGGAACAUGAAGGAGCUAGAGAACACCAGUAGAGAAAAUAAUUUCAAACAAAAUAAUAAUGGAAGUCCUGGAGAAGAAAUAGCACAACUGAAAAAUGAUGGAGAACAAGAACAUAAUUCAAGUUUUACUAAAGAGCUGUCAAAAACUGAUGAUCUUUUAUCAGAUGCACAUGUUGUAUCUGACUCAAAAGAAGUGAGUAAUGAAGAGAAGGCAGAAAAGAAAAAUAAAUUGGAAGAAACACAUGAUGGUGAUAUAAGCUUGCAGAGUGUGACCACAGUUGCAAACCACAAACCCAAAACCAGCUCAGAAGAAAGUGAAAUACUUAGUGUUCAAGAACAAGAAGGGAUUGUGUCUUCAUUUGAACUAGCAGCACAGUCUUCAAAAGGAAAUCAGGCAGCAGCAGCACCAACGGCUUCUGUUGAAACAAUUCAUGCCUGAGAUAUAUGGACCUGACCUAUGAAAAUAUGAGAAGAUAUUGUACAGUAUAUUUUAAAUCUAUGAAAUUCAUAGUUCUGAUGCUUUUGGCCACAGAGCAUCGUUUUAUCACUUCCUGGAAAAUGUUUAUUCCAAGAGAGCUUUAAAUGGCCCACAUGUACACUCAACAACCUUCAGAUUGUUCUCCUGAUACCAGCUUGCUGCUACGAUUUCUGUGCACAUGAAACAAAGGCUCUUUUUUAAUGUGCACCCUACAGUCAGAACUUUAUUUGCUGUUCUUCAGAAUUUAAUGCUCUUUUAAUGAUGGAUCAUAUAAGUUUACUUUUUUUGCUUCUUUUAGAUGCAUAACUCGGUUAAUUUUACAUAUCACCACUAAACCUUGUUUUACACUUUUUAAACAUUACAAUUUAUUGUUUUAACAAUUUAUUUGUAAAAUUUUUAUAUAUAUAUAUACAUAUAGAUAUAUUUAAAAUGUGCCAUUUUUAUUAUUGCUUAGUAAAAGAUGUCCUGUUUCUGCUGUAAUGAUUUCUUGGUCAGGUAGCAAUGUCAGCAGUUACUGCCACACUUCUGUCAACAUAGACAUUAAUGUUAGUGGUUGCUUUUUCUUGACUAAAAUGGAGUGUAGGUAUUUUGAGGUACUGGGCUUUUCCUUCAUGGGGUUAGGGUGUGUACAGCAAUAAGCAGGUUUUCAAUCCAGUACUUAGUUUGUGUACAAAUGUAAUUAUGUUCAUUGUGUAUAUAUUAUACAAUGAGCACAUACGAUGUAAGUAUAAGAAGCCACUUAUUAUUGUUCAAAUACGAAUGUUCAUAUCCCAUUUCUUUUAUAUCAUACUAAAUAAAUGUUGAUGUUCUUAAGGACUUGUAUGGUUAGUAUUUCUUCCAGCAAACAGAUGUCACACUGUGUUCCACCUUUUGAUGUGGGGAAUGCAAUUCCUGUCCCAUUGGCAACAUCACCUGUCAACCAGAGUAGCAGUGACAGACUCUUAAGAGAUCCCAGUCUUCCUCUUCGGGAAAGAAUUAAGGCUGCAACACAGAACAAAACAGACAACCUGAGACUGAGAUGCAAGAAAUACAGGUUCAGCUCCUGGCUCUCCCAGACUUGUGUUGUGAUACUGGAAUAAUCACUUAGUCAUUCUGUGCCUCGGUUCCCUGCCUGUUUACACGGGCGGUAAUAGCCUGUCUUAGUGGGGUGUGGUGAGCAGUAAUUCAAUAUUUGCAAACGCUGAUUGCCAGGUUCAGUGGGGUUAAGGAGAGAAGUGUGAUGAUUCCUGGAGGCUUUGGCAUCUGCAUAGAAACUGAAAGAAAACCUGAAAUAAUCUGUCGAGUGUUGUCACACUACAGAUGUUACCAGCUUCGCUGUUCCAUCUCAACACAGCUGCCUGAAUUUGCCUGAGACAAAAGAGGUUUAGAAAAUAAUUAAGAGAAACAAAAAUAUUUCAGGAAAGCUUUUGAAUCUAGAAUGUAAAGCUAAGGAAUCUUUUGCAGGUUCAGGCAACUGCUGUGUGCUUCAGUGCAUGUGUGUGCCAUAAGUGGUAAGGCAAGUUUCGCAGGAAGGCAGCUGCCAGCUCCUGUUGUGCUUUUUUUACCUUACAAAUCAUAUCCUGAUCAAGUUAAUAUUGCUGUUCUAGAAACCAUAUAAUUCAUGGUGCUCUUCCAUAGGGAAGUGCCUGAUACUGUCACACAGUUUGAAAUUACUUUACCAUUGCCCCUCUCCCCAAGUAGAAGUUUGUGUUUGUCAGAUUCUUUUGGCACUCCCGGCUCUGCCACCAGUUCUCUUCUUCCCGGUGCUCUUUGCCACAAAGAUACAGAGUAUCUUGUCUGGCUACCUGUUCUUCUCACGUUUUCUCUGAAAAGUAAAAAAAAUAGGGAUCAGAAUUCAGCAGCAGAGCCUGGAGGGGUCACAGUGAAAGAGGUGGCUGAAGAAGAGACGAAUGAUGAUGCAGGCAGACAGCAUGGAGCUGAAAAGUUAUCACAUUGCCCUCUGUUUUUGGAACAGCAGCCCCAAAUUAGUGCAUCCUUCCAUCCAAAAGAGCAAAGAGGAAUGUGAUUUUAUUGCUCAACCAACCAAGGCUUAAGUUCAGUGGCAUCACUGGAACACCUGAGGCAAAGCAAAUAGGACACACCCUGUUCUCUCCCUAACCCUUCUAGAGAGAGCUGUUUGCUGACAAGUUCUGCAAUCUCUUUCUGUCCCUGCUGCCGAGAAAAGAAUUGCAAUCAAUAAAGGAAAGAAUGACUAAGUGAUUUUUGGACAUUUAUAGAAGUUGUCUAUGUCUAAAGCAGUUGUUGGUUUGGAAUAUCUGCAAGGAAAGGGCAGUUUAUAAUGGAGCUGGGAAAGGUGGGGAGAAUGAGCGAGUUUUGCUGAUAGAACUGUUGGCAAAGACAGCAAAGGUGAAUGAUGCAGGAAUGUAAUAAUGAUCAUAGACUAUAAUUUCACUUCCUGUGGGCACUUGCUGCAAAGACUUGGAGUUUCAUUGGGUGCUCUAUUUUUCUGUCUUAUGGGAAAAAAUAAUAAAUGUAUGGCUUUGUGUUAUCACAGAGCAUCUACUCUCUUACCUCAUCAGAAUAACUCAUCCCAGUGAUCGUACUCCUGAGAUAUAGAAAUAUCAGAAUACUGAUAUGGUCAGCCUUCAAACAUUAUUUUAAGUUUGUAUCUAGGAUAUUUUUAUAUUUCUGACUGAUUGCUUUAUUGGCUAUUGCACUGACACUUGUAUAUAUGGAACGUGCUUUUUUUUUCAAAAGCAGGGGUCCUUAGGAAUAAUGCAACACAUUCUCUACAGAUGUUCAUGCUUUUCAGAACCAAUUACAUCUAUUUUUGUCUUUUGUUCACCAUUUGCAUUGUUCCAAGGCUACUAGAGAAUGUGAUUCUUUUAAAUCCCUUAAUAAAGUGACAUUACUCAAAAAGUUA